AUGGAUGGUAAAAAUCGUUGUCAUCCAUAUAAUCAACGAAAAAAAUGUCAUCGACAACAUGAACCGAUCUUAUCUUUUAAUAAUCGAUUAACUACAAAAAAUCAUACGGAUUUUUCUAAUCAAUAUUUACCAGCGACACCACAACCAUUAAUGCCUAUGAAAACAAUUUCUUCAUCAACAAUACUUACGGUUAAACCAUAUGAACGUGAAUCAUGGAUUCGUUCAAUAAAAAAAACGAAGAUAAAUCAAAGUAAUGAACAAAAAACACAAUAUUUAGAAACAAUUCUUCGUUUACCAAAUCAACAAAAAUCAUCAAUGAAUUUGUCAAGUUUUGAUCGAAUACGUUUUGCUAGUAAUCAAACAUCUCAUUCAACUAAUACAAUAGAAAAUAAUAGUAAUCAUCAUACUGAUACCUGUGCAAUAGAAGAACUUUUAUUUAAUAAUGAUUUUCAAUCAACAUCUAGUGAAUAUUUAAAUAUACCAUCAUCCACGAACGUCGAAUGUGAAUCAAAUCAUGUUGAAACUUCAUCUUUUUCGGGAUUUCUGAUCGACAAUUGUAAUGAAGAACAACUUCCUCCAUAUUCUCCUCCGUUUCGUUCUUUACCAUCUCAACAUUCAACAACGGAAAAAUUGAUUCCACAAAAUCAAGAAGAUCUCAAUGGACAAUGUACUGUGUUAAUUAAUGAACUUGAUACUGCUGAUGUUGAACAACGAAAAGAAGCAAAGCGUCAAAAACGAUUACAUAAAAAAUUAUUGAGAGAAAAAAAAUCGAAAAAAAUCUCAACUGUAAAUAAUUCUGAUAAUCAUGAAUUAUCAUCUGAUUGGAUUUUGGAAUGUAACAUAGAUGAAACUGAUCAAACUUCACAAUUAAUUGAUUUAGUAAAAAACACAUCAGCAAAUACAAUGACAAAUGAAGAUCAAAUGGCUAAAAUGAAUCAUGUUCUAAAACAUAUUAAAAAACAACAAUUACAUUUAAGAAAAUUACGAAAAUAUGUUAUUUCAAUGUUAAAUAAAGAAGAAAAAAAACAAUUACAUACAAAUCAAGAUAAACUCAUGACAUUUAUUAAUCAACCAAUUUUAUCUGGAUGUUGGUUAUGUUCCGGAAAAUCAUAUAAUGAAACUUCAACACAAUGUAAUCUUAUUGAUAAAUAA